GUCUGCGGAUCUUUUCUCGUUUUAGUGUUGUUAUUAAACUCGGAUUACUCUCAACACUAUGUCCGGACGCGGCAAGCAGGGAGGCAAAGCCAGAGCCAAGGCGAAGACCCGAUCUUCCAGAGCCGGGCUCCAGUUCCCCGUGGGCCGUGUGCACCGUCUCCUCCGGAAGGGCAACUACGCCGAGCGGGUCGGGGCCGGGGCGCCGGUCUACCUGGCGGCGGUGCUGGAGUACCUGACGGCUGAGAUCCUGGAAUUGGCGGGAAACGCCGCCCGGGACAACAAGAAGACCCGCAUCAUCCCGCGCCACUUGCAGCUGGCCAUCCGCAACGACGAGGAGCUGAACAAGCUGCUGGGCAGAGUCACCAUCGCCCAGGGAGGCGUCCUGCCCAACAUCCAGGCCGUGCUCCUCCCCAAGAAGACCGAGAGCCACAAGGCCAAGGGGAAGUAAACUUGCCCAGGAGAAAAAAGAAAUACAACCCAAAGGCUCUUUUAAGAGCCACCCACAAAUUCAAAGAAAGAGCUGGCAUCAUUUCUG